AUGCUACCCUUUUCAUUACUCUUCCUAAUUAUAGGAGUUUCAUAUGCGCUUUGUCCUUCCUAUCAGUGCAAGCCUAGAACUAUGCCUUUCAAAGAUAAUAUCUGCGUUUUCUACGACGAACAUACAUUAACCUACCGAAUAAACCCUUGUGAAGACCCUUUUCAAAGAUAUUGUAUUUUUAAUCCUCUGCAAAACAGCACAUGCUCCGUUUCUUCCAAAAAAUCCCUCAUACAAAAAUACCCAGGCGAAAAAUGUUCAACCGAUGAAGACUGCCGAUAUCCUUAUUUUGGUGGCUGCACUGACGAAAUAUGUCUCGGUUCUAUAAAAGAUGGAUAUUGCUCAGACAGCUCAUUUUGCAGCCCAGGCUUAUAUUGCAAAUACAACACCUGCAUCUCACAGCUGCAAGACGGAGACCAAUGCACCUAUGACUAUGAGUGCCAAAAUGGCUCUGGCUGUGAUGGGAAUAUUUGCAAAAAAUAUUUCAGCGCCAAGCUUAAUGAAGAAGUUAAUACUUGUAAGGACAAUGUGAAUUAUAUUUGUGAGUCUACUUUAUGCUAUACGAAUGCUACUACAAGUUUUUCGUAUUGUAUAACACCGCUAGCCCGCAGGAAUAAAAGCCCAGAAUGUUUAAGUGAUAAUGAUUGUUAUUCAAGAGUUGAUAGAAAAUCAGGAGUAAUGCUGAAAUCUGAAUGCCAGUGUGGAAUGAAUCCUGAUGGAAAACAAUAUUGUGGAAUUUUGCCUGGAGAUGUAGAGUUUAUGUACUAUAUAAGACAUUUGAAAAAAGGCUGAAUAAUUUAUAGUGAUUUAUACAGAAAUAUAAUUAAUUUGUAAAAAAAAUAGGUAAUUUUUUUUUGAAAAAAUGGUAUAACAGCACUGAGGUAAAAAAUUGCAAUACUUUAAGAAGAGAUGCAAGGCAGUGCAUUGAAGAGCAUUGGGACGAAGAUGAAGCAGUCAAGCUUAUAUUUUAUAAAGAAAGGGUUGUGAAUUUUGCUAAUAUCCAAGAAAAUGACUAUUGUGCAGAGACUGUAUUAAAUGCUGAUUUCUUUGUGCUAGCUCACAAGAUGGGGCAUUUAACAGUAGAAAACCCACACGAAAUUUUAGGCUCCAGCCAAGGCUCAGUAAUUUGGUUAGGGUUAUCCCUUAUUUUCUUGAUCCUUAAUUAA